CAACUCCCUUAGAUAUCUUAUCGCCCUACUACAUCACGACAUACAGUGUAACAUCUUCGCCACCUGCAUGUUAACUAUCCCGUGCAAAGAGUGGUUUGAAAACCGAAGCGAAUAUGAAGCGAACAACUGAUUUGGAUAAUCGAAUACGAAGCGAAUAAGUCUAGAACCGUAGCGAAUAGGAAGUGAAUAGCUGCAAAAUGGACCGGUUUGCCCGCAUAGGCGGAGUGGAAAUCAAGAGCGAACGGAAAUGUUAGCAGAUAAAUGAUAUGUUUAAAAUAGGUCUACAAGCGCCAAAUCUCUGUUAGUAUCUAUUGAGAAGGUAGUGAGGUAGGUGAGGACGAAAUGGUAUUUCACCACCAUUGUUCUGACAUAAUAAAGGUCCAAUCUGGACACGAAAUGUGAAGUAAAACAGGCCUUGUCAGAUGAUUCCUUAUAUCGUUCCGAUGUACCAUGCAAAAUGUUUCCUUUAUAUUCGACUCCAAGAAUUUGUAAUGCAAUUCCGAACUUGCAUCUCUUGCCCUCGACUGAAAGCCGCACUUGGAACAGUAGUGACGUCAGGAGCGUUCUGUUCCGGCAUCAUCUAGGCUCCUCUGAGCGGGCUGUGUCAACACCACCUACAUACACAAGGCCCCUCCGCAGCUCCGUGACGUCACCCUAUGCCGUCCGUCGGCAAGCCAACAAUGGCGUCCGCUUGCUGUGGUUGCGUUCGGCAGCGAUGCUAUUUCGAAGACGAAUUCACCCGUUUUCUCGAUGUGAAACAGCGAACGAGCGUGUACUUCCGAAGAAUAGGAUCCUACUGCAGUGUCUGUGCCCAUAACUUACGGAAUAAUUGCGUACACAGCGGCAAGCCCAGCGACUUACAACUUCUGCUGCUAAGAGUACACGAAAGCACGAAUAAAGCGACUUCAUCAGAAGGCCUGGUGUUGGCCUGUGUAUUACUUCUUCUUGCAAUGGUUAUCCUCGUCAUCGCCGCAAGAACCUGGAUGCUCUUCAAGCAAGAUUCAGGAGACAUCCAUCAUCGAGUCCCAUCGACGACGCCAAAUGUCAUACAUGGCACAUCCAAUACAACGCAGGAUACGACGACGCCAAAACUCACACGUAGCACAACCACCACAACAACUACGAGGCGUCCCCUGACCGACGAAGAACUCACUGAACUGGCUGAAACGCGUCCGAUCACAGUCCUCUUCGUCGGUGACCACAGCUACAGUACGAUAUCGAAGGAACAAUUCCUGAUAUAUGCACAAAGCCAGCUUAAUAUGAUGAAUGCAGCCUUUGCAGAAAAUAAGAUCAAGCUGAAGAUGAAAGUUUACGACACCUAUGUGAUGAAUGAGGAACAGGACAGGACCCACCUCCAGGAACUUCCUGGUAGACAGGUUCAGUCAAUUGACCCAUAUGUAGCCCAUGAGACACUUAAAACAAAAAUUGUUGAAUACCCUGGGAGCAACGAGUCCGACAUGGUCUUCGUAUUCACGAGGAAGGUGCUCAGGAACGCAACGAAUGAGGAGACGUAUUUAUAUUGGUACUACACAGGAAAAGGACCCUGUGGAGGACGCUUGGAGCCCAACAUCUACUACGACGCUCCCUUUUCAUAUCAAGCUAUUGUACAAUCUAUGUGGGACACCACCCUGGUCAGGAUAGCGAAGGAGGAUGUAUGUGAUGUCGAACAUCUUGAACAGUGCUACCAACAUCUCAUCCCUGCAUAUAAGGAGGACUUGAAUAGAAGCCUAUGCCACACAACGACAGACACGAAAAACGCGCCUACAUUUUCAGGAGUAGUGGGAUUCCGCAUAGAUGAAUUCUGUAAGACGAGCGCUACUAUGUAUGGAAGGAGACCGGGCAAAGUCUCUGUAGUGAGCCAAUCAUGUACCACGCAGUGUGGGAUUUCGGUGGGAUAUGACAUUAUACAUCACAUCAUCUUCCUUGGUCCAUGCAAGGCUCCGCAGACUUCCGGACAAGCAUGCUUCGACGACGACCAUGAGCUGUGCUUCUUCGACCGAUGUGGAAGGAAAUACAGCGAGAUAAAGGCGCUGGCCCGUCGUAACUGGAACCUACCAGACAGCUAUUACGACGAAGAUGCUGCCUGUGCAAAAUAUUCUUGAGGUGGCGCUCAUCUGCUCAAGAUUACCUGGUCGUGUCGUGCACAGUACUUCGAUUCGACUAAGCGACUGCUGCCGCUGUCUUGUUUUCAAUAUUCCCUGCAUUGAGACACUGUUGCAGAACUGCUCAGAAUUGUGAACUAUGUGAUUCUAUAACAUAUUGAUGCUCCUUUGCCACUUGUGUGUGUA